CUCCUUAUUUUUCUUGUAAUCUUCUUUUUUGCAUUCCAUCAUAUACCAAACGAACAUGAAAUUGACUACGAGUAAAUCAGAAGAAGAAAAAACUAACGAAUAAAAUAGCAAUCGUAUUAAAUAAUAAACAGAAUUGGACGGGUACGUCAUUCAAUCGACUCGUGCAUUUUCAAAAAUGUCUGCCGCUUCGAAAAGCGCGAAGAAACUGACCGAAAUAAUCCCGAUGUUCAACAGAGUUCUGGUGAAGUUGCCCGAAAUGGAAUCUGUCACCAAAGGGGGAGUCCUCUUGCCCGUCGAGCAGGAACCCAAGCUGCCCCAGGCCACUGUUUUGGCCGUGGGACCCGGCACAGUGUCGGAUAAUGGAGUGACAAUACCAGUAGGUGUUCAACCCGGAGACGAAAUAGUACUGAAGAGUGUGGUCGGUGGAAUCGAAAUUGAAUUGGACAACGGCGAAACGUACCAUCUAUACAAAGAAGAUGAAAUAUUGGCUAAAGUUGUUAAAGAAUAAGGCAUUUAAUUUGUCGUUACGUUCGAAAUAAAUUAAUUAUAAAUUA